UCUACUCCACGCCUUCUCCGCCAGUGUACUAUGCGCAGCCACCGGCGCCAUCCGCUUGUCAACUUUGAGCUGAAGGAGCAGCAACUUUGACAGUGGCCGCGGGUUUCUAAUCUGGCUUCUCCUUGGCAACAGUCUCUUCGAAAGUCGAGUUAAACGAGGCAAGAGUUUCCUCUGAGCACCCUUGUUGCCUUGUUUGCAACGGGUCCCCCGCCAGCCGAGAGUGGGAUUGUGACAGCCAGUCCCCUAGUGGAGGGGACUUGUUUUUCUUUUUCUCUAGAGACCUUUACUAGCGACUGGAUAAAGCAGUACCGAGAAAGGACGUAAAUAGCAGAGCAACUGUUACCAAGAAGACAGCCACCACCCAAAGCCUGGGAGGAACGCCGGGUUUCCUCCAGGCUGCGCCCAGUCGCAACAUUAGGGAACAAUCAGGUGGUGUUCGCAACUUUUCAAGGUCAGCCUGUUGGAUCUGUUAUUUCUUUCGGACCCUUCGGGUGCACAGAGCUUGGAUUAGAUUUGGCUGGGAAAUGCUCAGGACACGAAACCUUGAAGGAUUGUAGGGAUGUGUUGAGGACACCGUCCUUCCCCGACUGCCCUGUACCCUGCCCUCCCAGCAGUCUUCAGCUCCCCUCCACUAGCCAGCGGUGAGUAUGUGACAUGUGCCUAACUCUCUGCACCAAGUUUGGCAGCAGGUGUCGGUGCUAAGGUAGAGCCAGGAUACUAGGUGCGCCCUCGCGGAGCCAUGCCAGCCCCGGGCGCGCCUCUCUCUCGCACAUCGCGGCUGCUGCUCCUUCUGCUGUUCAAGGUUUCUGUCUCUGCUGCCCUGAGCUUUGUCCCUGAGCCCAGGAAUGGAACUUGUUUGGGGGAGAGCUGUUCCCCACUGAUUCCACGUCGCAGCAGGGAUGCCGGGGGACCUAGGAAUUCAGCAAGAGAUGCUCUGCGAGUCCAUGUGCCCAGAGAAAAGCUGGAAGCAGAGGUGAGAGGGGCGACCUCCUGGGACCUCCCACCACCCAGGGGCGGUGACACAGGUGUGAUUGAAGAGGCAGCGGCUUCUGGGCCCUUGGGACCUCCAACCAAGCCACCAGGUGCCUGGAGAUGGAAAGGAGCCCAGGGUAAAGAACCAUCCGGACAUUUGGGGAGAAGGGAGCCCACGGACUCCCAACUCUUCCGUCAAACCUCUGAGAGAGGAGAGAUGAGUUCCAAGCGCGACGAGAUUCCCCAGGGCAGCCAGGAGCACAGUGUGAAAACAGAACCUGAACCCAGAGAUCUUUUUUACUGGCCACGAAAAACAGGACAACUCCAGGGUUCCCAUUACAGGCCUUCAGCGGUACACGAAGGAAGAACCCUUGCUCCCCCAGGCAGGGCGCUACCUCAAAACGGGUCUGCAGAUGACUGGGUCCCUGACCAAGGGGGUCCACGCCGUGGAAAUAGCACUAACCGACGCGUGAGACUGAAGAACCCCUUCUACCCAUUGACCCAGGAAUCCUAUGGAGCCUAUGCUGUCAUGUGCUUAUCUGUGGUGAUCUUUGGGACCGGCAUCAUUGGUAACUUGGCAGUGAUGUGCAUCGUGUGUCACAAUUACUACAUGAGGAGCAUCUCCAAUUCUCUCUUGGCCAACCUCGCUUUCUGGGACUUUCUCAUCAUCUUCUUCUGCCUCCCCUUGGUCAUCUUCCAUGAGUUGACCAAGAAGUGGCUUUUGGAAGAUUUCUCCUGCAAGAUCGUGCCCUAUAUCGAGGUAGCUUCUCUGGGUGUCACUACCUUCACCUUAUGUGCACUGUGCAUAGAUCGCUUCCGGGCUGCCACCAACGUCCAGAUGUACUAUGAAAUGAUUGAAAAUUGUUCUUCCACCACUGCCAAACUUGCAGUUAUCUGGGUUGGCGCUCUGCUCUUGGCACUUCCGGAAGUUGUCCUCCGCCAGCUGAGUAAGGAGGAUUUGGGCUUUAGUGGCCAGGCUCCUGCAGAACGGUGUGUCAUAAAGAUCUCUCCCGAUUUACCGGACACCAUCUAUGUUUUGGCUCUCACUUAUGAUGGCGCACGGCUCUGGUGGUAUUUCGGCUGCUACUUUUGUCUGCCCACACUUUUCACCAUCACCUGCUCUCUAGUGACCGCUCGGAAGAUCCGCAAGGCGGAGAAAGCCAGUACCCGUGGGAACAAGCGGCAGAUCCAUCUAGAGAGCCAGAUGAACUGCACAGUGGUGGCUCUGACCAUUUUAUAUGGAUUUUGCAUCAUCCCCGAGAAUAUCUGCAACAUCGUCACUGCCUACAUGGCCACGGGUGUCUCUCAGCAGACCAUGGACCUCCUCAACAUCAUCAGCCAGUUCCUUUUGUUCUUCAAGUCCUGCGUCACCCCUGUACUCCUCUUCUGCCUCUGCAGGCCCUUCAGCAGGGCCUUCAUGGAGUGCUGCUGUUGCUGCUGCGAGGAGUGCAUCCAGAAGUCUUCCACUGUGACCAGUGAUGACAACGACAACGAGUACACCACAGAGCUGGAGUUGUCGCCCUUCAGCACCAUCCGCAGAGAGAUGUCCACCUUUGCCUCUGUGGGGACUCACUGCUGAAGGAACGGCUUGGUUAGCUCAGAUUCCUUCGAUUUUCAUAGCCUGUGAAAAUUUUUACUCCAUAUUUUUCCUUACAGGGGAACAAUGCAAACAUUUUGAAAAGCAAGUAGAGGGAGACAUAUUAACUACUCUAGAACUGAUUUUGCAGAUUAAUAUUUGUGCUCUGGGAAAAAAAAGUUUCUAUUUAGUUAUGUAAGAAGAAGGCAGUCAACAGUCUCAGAUCAUUUUUCCUGCUCUGGUGCUAAUAUUUUAUUCAAGAGUCAUUGCACCUUAACCAUAUUAAUUGUUCGAUUUCUUUCUUUUUCUUUCUUUUGAAAACAUAGUCGUUGUAUAUUGAAGAAGGGCCUGGGAUUUUGCUAGUUAUUUUGUUUUUGAGUUGUGACCGAAAGUACAUUGUAUCUGAAAUGAUUUGGUUUUGUCCCAGCCAUGAAACUUAGCACCAAAUAAACUCCCCAUCCUUCUUUAACCUGACUGUCAAUCUACUUUUAACCAAGACUCAAUAAAUUUUUAAUUGCCUUAAAUACACAA